UUCGUCGACACGAGGCGCUGCUUUUCGCUCAGAACAAAUCGUUAAUGUCUUGGAAAGGAUAUCCUUCCUGACUUCCCGGUUUUCACGGCUGCCACGUGCUCGUCCUCCUCUCCGUUUUUCCCAUACUCGUGCUGAUUUGUUUUCCUGCCUCUCCGAAACGCGAGUUUUGUUGUGCGGAAGUAUAAAAAUUCGAUACAACCCAUCGAAAAGUGGGCCAUUCGGGCGGUGUCCUGGCAGGACCUGCACUAGUUUAAAUAUAGCUGACCUAUCUGACGCUGCCAAAAUAGCGAACCUGUCGACCGGCGUAUCGACCAGUCCCGCCGCGGGACUGGGUAUCGUGGGCAUCCUGCCCUGCUCACUCCAUUGGCAGCCGCCGGGCAAGGCGCCCAAGCUGCUGAGUUACUCCACCGGUGCGCGUGCCACCAGUCAGCCCUAUGCGAUGUCCGCCUCCGGGAACAGUUGCUGCAGCACCAGCGGCUGCUGCCCGGAGUGCCGUGGCUACCAACAGGACUACGAGCACUUGCCCGUUCCGCGAUUGCUGCAUCAACAGCCGCCGCCGCCGCUCAACCAAAAUCCGCAGCAGAAGCAGGAGCAUCAGCAGGGCAGCUGCAUCACCACCUUGCAGCAGACAACAGCAACUACAUCCAAUUGUUUAUACGGCAAUUGUCUGAUGCCAGCGACUGCAAAUACAAGCAGCUAUGUGAGCAACAUUGGCACAGAGCAGCCGCUGCUGACUAUGCAACAUUGUCAUUCUCAUUGCAACAUGCAGCAUAGCAAUAACACCGGCGGCAGCAACAAGGCAUCAGCAAUUUACAAUAACAUACCUGCCCAGUCGAUGAUCUUUGUGCCCUUCAUGUUGCCCAUGCAACAUCCGCAGCAGCAGCAGCAGCAGCCCCAUUUGCAUAUGCAACCUCCUCUGCCGCCGCCGGAGGAUUGCAAGCCUUUGUUGCAGGCCAAGAGCGUGCCACCGCCGCCACAGCCGCCGCCCAUGCUCACCCACUUCCAGGCGAUGAUGCAACCACCACCAAAACCACCUUCACCGAUGAUGCCUCCACAACGCUUUGGCUGCCCCCCGCCCAGCAGGCAACCUGCCACGCCCCCCCUGCCGGCAACCUACAGAGUUCAGAGCCUCAAAUCCGCGGCUGCAGCGGCUGUCAGUGCUUACCAGCGGAAUGGCAAAUUGCCCAGGAGCCUGCCCGCACUGCGUGCCAUGGAAAUGGCGUUGCGUACCAACUCCUUUGCCACGCCCCCUCCACCGCCCCAUGCCCCACUCCCCCCUCGCGCAGCAAGGACCGAAGGAGGCGGACAGGACAUGGAGGACUCUGACGAGGAAAUGGAGUACAUGCCGCCGCUGCACAAACAAUUCCACAUCUUUGUCGGCGACUUGAGCUCAGAAAUUGAAACUCAGCAAUUGCGCGAAGCAUUCACACCAUUCGGCGAAAUCUCCGACUGUCGCGUGGUGCGCGAUCCACAAACCUUGAAGUCGAAGGGCUAUGGCUUUGUGUCCUUCAUCAAGAAAUCGGAAGCCGAAAGCGCCAUUACGGCCAUGAAUGGCCAGUGGCUUGGCUCCCGCUCGAUUCGCACGAAUUGGGCCACACGGAAACCGCCGGCGAGUAAAGAGAACAUCAAGCCGUUGACCUUCGACGAGGUCUACAAUCAGAGCAGUCCCUCCAAUUGCACCGUUUACGUGGGCGGCGUCAACAGCGCCCUCACCGCCCUCAGCGAGGAGGUCCUCCAGAAGACCUUCGCUCCCUACGGCGCGAUACAGGAGAUCCGCGUCUUCAAGGACAAGGGAUACGCUUUCGUGCGCUUCUCCACCAAGGAGGCGGCCACCCACGCCAUCGUGGGCGUACACAACACAGAGAUCAACGCCCAGCCGGUGAAGUGCUCGUGGGGCAAGGAGAGUGGUGACCCCAACAAUGCGCAGACCAUCGCCACCCAGGCGCUGAACAGUGCCGCCGCCGCUGCCGCCGGUUUCCCCUACGGAGUGGGCGCGGCCGCCGCCGCCGCCGCCUACGGACAGCAGCUGGCCGCCACGGGCUGCUGGUACUCGCCCACGCCCACCUACCCGGCCUCCUCGGCCACGGCCGCAGCGGUGACCCCGGCGGCGGCCAGUGCAGCCGCCGUGCAGAACCAGUUCCUGCAGGGCAUCCAGGGCUAUCACUUCGGCCAGUACGGCGGCUAUCAGCAGGGAUACAUGGGCAUGGGCGUGCAGAUUCCGGCCACCUGGCAAGGCGUCACCCAGGCGCAGAUCUCACCUGCCCAGCAGCUGGCAACGGGCGUGGCCGGCACCGCCAUUCCGCAGGCCGCCGGCGUGGUGGCCUAUCCGAUACAGCAGUUCCAAGUGAGCCCCCAGGUUUAUCCUCUACUCUUGCAGGCACAGUAAACGCCAAAAGCCAAAAACUGAAAAUCCAAGCAAAAUUUUUAAGUACAGCCGCAAUUUUCUGAACAGAAACAAAACCAAACUGAGCUGUAAAUAAAAUGCGAAGCGCAGAACACACAAAUUACAAAACAAUUGAUGGCAUCUUGAAGUUUGGCGAUUUUAGAGAGCUGCACCCCAGAAACAAAAAGCAAGCGCGAAUGCAAAAUCCGAAAUCCCACACCCACAUGAAUAUAUAUCUUUAUAUAUAUAUAAAACUAGAGCAUAAUUAUCUGUCAACGCCCGUUGAAAAAGCAAACGGGGAAGCAAACAAUUAUUAUGUAUAUGCCAACAAAAAAGAAAAAAGAAAAUGAAAAGAAAGCGAGCAUAUUUUUAACCCUAGUUGCUUACACCACCACACACACAAACACACCUCGAACCACAUAUUUUAAUGCUUUGUGUAAUUGUGUUGGAGCACAGCGCGUUAAAAAACCAACAAUUAUUAAUUUAAUAAGGCAGCGGGAGAAAUUGCGGGCCAGGAAUACAAUUUGGUCGAAGGAAAACAUAAAUCGAGUGGGAUGUUGCAGCCUAAAUCAAACAUAGUCGGGGCAUUAAAUUAAAAUAAACAUAAUUAAAAAUGCGUUAAAAUUAAUUACGCGCACACAGGCAGGCUGACACAUGUAUUCCAGCAAAUAUGUAUGUGUGUGCGUGUAUGCAAACAGUCCUUAACCCCACAUCAUCCCUCUCACAGCAGGAUCCGCAUCAUUUUGCAUUGCCUACUUUUGUGCGCAGUUUGGUUUUAGCUUAGCACAGACACACACUUGUACACUACCUUCACUGGGCGAGUGAAAGCCGUUUCUCAUUCAGCCAGCCCUUGCACACUAUAAAGUGAUUAGUGUGUGAAAUUAAAGUGGUAUAAAAGACAGGAAAUUAGAGGGAGCGCGACUUUCACUCACCCGCACACACUUAGCACUAGUGCCUAAAAACUAUAAUAGAUGAUACUGCUUAGAAAUAACUGCCAGUUAUCGGGCCAAGUGCAGUUAAUUGGCCAACUAGCUCGUCAUGUCCUGCUAUCAUUUCCUAUAUAGAAUGCAACUGAAAGUUCACGCACUCACACCGAUUUGUGAUCGAUCAGCAAUCGAAAGACAGGUUCCUACACACGCACACUCACACGGUCUCACCAGCACUCGCAGUUCGAAGUAUCUGAAUAUAAAAUAAUCAUAUAAAGUACAGGAACGUCCAGCCCAGCCAGCCCUGACCAGUCCAUAAAUUGCUUAAAGUUCACAACCUAAUUCAUUAUGACUUCUCGCUUCACUUUCAACAAGCGCUUCAGGAGAGCCAUGUACAAAGCAGCCGCAAAAAUGUUUCAAACUCCCUCCAAACAACUUACUCUUGAAAACACGCCAGUACUAAUCCAUGUUUGUACAUGUUACGUUUAUGGUUUUAUUUCAGUUGCCAGAUGAGGAGUGGCUAGCUGCAAAUUUGUUGUGUUAGUUCUCUGUUGUUUAGGCCAAACGAAAGCGAUAAGGAAACCCAAAGCAAACCAAGUCAAAUCAAAUCAAACCGAACAAAACCAAACCAAACCGAAACCGAAACCAAAACCGAACCGAUAACCAAGCAGAAUAUCCAAGUAGUUAAAAAUAUGUAUGUGGUAUGAGUACGAGUUAAAUAUAUAUAUAUAGAGAGCGAGAGAGAGAGCAGAACUCCCAUAAACAAGUAAAAUAUAUUGAAAACAAUCAAAGUAUGCCAUCGAAUGAUAUUAAUUGAUAUUAGCUAAUCGAGCAUAGCCGUAAUAAAGUAGAUAUUAUCGCCUAAUCAUAUAAGCCAAUAAACACACUUGCAGCCCAAAAACCGAGACAGUUGAGCAAGACAUAGGACAAGAUAUCCGAAAGGCAAGCAUUAAUCAACUUAUAGACAACACGACACACUCACACGAAGCUAUAGGGAUCGAGAAUACAUAGCAUAACAUGAAUGUGAAACAUAAAAAUAGUCAUAUGGUAAAUACAACUAAAAGUGUAGAGUAUAUUAAUGUAAAGUGGUAAAGUCUAGACUUAGAGUUGGUUGAUAAGUACAUAGAGUAUACAGCAUAUGCAUUAAACAAACAUGCUUAUAUAACAUAUAUAUACUUAUAUAUAUAUAUACAAGCCGUAUAGAGAACACUCACACCACGACAGCGCCCACUCACACAGAAACAUGCAUACACUCACACGGUGUUUACAUACAACAUAGAGAAGAAAAACUAGAUGCGAGCAACGUAUGGUAAAUGAUAUUUAUUGUUUAUUGUGUUGUGUGCGUUGGAUGAUAAAUCACAAAUAGAUGUUCAAAAUGAAAACCAAUUAAAACGAUGACAACAACAAGAACAACAGGCAGAAAUCCCAAGUACUAGAAAUAGCAAUAAGCAUACGUAACGUAAUCGCAAUCGCAUCGUAUCGUCAUACGUAUCGGACAAUUAAGCUGCAAAGGACGACAGGACGUAAGGACGCAAGGACGCAAGGACGAGGCUUGAUUUGCAUUUGACACGCCCCAAUCCCCAGUGAAUUGCAGCGUGGAAUUUGUUAUGUCAUUUUUUAGUAGAAUUUUUGCAUCAAACGCAGCAGAGCAUUUAGUUACACACACGGGUGUGGCCCUAGCACCAGUAAAUGUCUAUCGAUAAUACCCACACACGGAUACAAAUACAAAUACGGAUGUGUAGUAUUCGUUGGAUGCGCUCACUCAGUACGAAAAGAGGGGUCGGGGAUUUUAGCCAAGGAUCUGAGGAUCAGCAGGACACGCAGUCCUAUGGGGCAAUCGUACUGUAUAUUUAAAUGUUUUUAGCACUAGAAUCUAGAGAAACUACGAGCCGCAUGGCAUGCGACUUAGAUGUAGAUGUGAUUUUAAAGUGGGCGGGAUUGGGCCGGAUUAAUAAUGCAAGCAAAGUGAA